GAGAAGGAGGAAGGUGGCGGUGGCGGCGGCGAUGAUGGCCGAGGAAGACGCGCUGAAGAAGCAGGCGGACUUGGUGCGCCGCCUGAAGCAGGAGAAGGCCAGCUCGGAGGAGAUUGCAGAGCAGGUGGCAAAGCUGUUGGAAAUGAAGGCAGUGUUGUCCCCUGAGGAAGGGAAGCAUAAAUUUGUCCUCAAGACGCCAAAGGGCACUAGGGACUAUAGUCCCAAGCAGAUGGCCAUCCGAGAGAAAGUCUUUACCACCAUUAUCAAUUGCUUCAAGCGCCACGGAGCUGAGACAAUAGAUACACCAGUGUUUGAACUAAAGGAAACAUUGACAGGGAAAUAUGGAGAAGAUUCAAAGCUCAUUUAUGAUCUGAAAGAUCAGGGGGGAGAGCUCCUGUCUCUUCGGUAUGAUUUGACUGUGCCAUUUGCUCGCUAUUUGGCUAUGAACAAAAUCACUAAUAUUAAACGUUACCAUAUUGCUAAAGUCUACAGGCGGGACAAUCCAGCAAUGACAAGGGGGCGUUACAGAGAAUUCUAUCAGUGUGAUUUUGACAUUGCUGGCCAGUAUGAUGCCAUGAUUCCUGAUGCAGAAUGUCUGAAGAUUGUGCAUGAGAUUCUGAGUGCCCUACAAAUAGGAGAUUUUUGUAUCAAGGUCAAUGACAGACGUAUCCUUGAUGGGAUGUUUGCAGUUUGUGGUGUUCCAGAUAGCAAAUUCCGGACCAUUUGCUCUACUGUGGACAAGCUAGACAAAAUGAGUUGGGAGGAUGUGAAAAGUGAGAUGGUUGGAGAGAAAGGACUCGCGCCAGAGAUUGCAGAUAGUAUUGGUGAAUAUGUAAAGCUCCAUGGUGGGCUGAGUCUGAUUGAACAGUUGCUCCAGGAUCCUAAGCUAUCACAGAACAAGCUGGCUAAGGAAGGCCUGGGAGAAAUGAAGCAGCUGUUUGAGUACUUGGCCCUUUUUGGCAUUUCAGAUCAGACGUCUUUUGACUUGAGCCUGGCUCGUGGUCUGGAUUACUACACUGGGGUAAUCUAUGAAGCUGUCCUCCUCCAGCAGCAAAAGAAUGACCAUAUGGAGGAGUCUGUUGGUGUGGGCAGUGUAGCUGGAGGAGGCCGCUACGAUGGACUGGUAGGAAUGUUUGACCCCAAGGGGCGGAAGGUGCCUUGUGUGGGAGUCAGCAUUGGCAUUGAGCGGAUUUUCUCCAUCAUGGAACAAAAACUAGAGGCUUCUGAGGAGAAGAUCCGGACAACAGAGACCCAGGUGCUUGUGGCAUCUGCCCAGAAGAAACUCCUUGAAGAGAGGCUGAAGCUUGUGUCUGAGCUGUGGGAUUCAGGGAUCAAGGCAGAAAUGCUGUAUAAGAAAAAUCCCAAGUUACUGAGCCAGUUCCAGUACUGUGAAGAAACAGGAAUCCCUCUUGUUGCCAUUAUAGGAGAGCAAGAGUUGAAGGAUGGAGUAGUCAAACUGCGUGAUGUUGCUACAAGAGGCGAGGUGGAUAUUUGCAGAGGAAAACUUGUUGAGGAAAUCAAGAGAAGAACGUGUCUUCCCUAGAGAUCUUCUUUCCAAAGAUUUUGUCAUGUCCUUUAUAGGAACGACAAACUGCUCUUUCUUAUAAAACACCCUCCAGUUGCGGUGGGGGGAUGUUCCUCUAAAUUGUAUUUAUUUCACUGUGAUCCUUCUUCUUGUUAAGAUUGAGCAGUGAUGCAAUAUAAUUUUUUUAAAAAAUCAGAUCACUCCUGGAAAGGAAUUUAAAAGAACCUUUCUGGGAGGAUUCUAGAGGAUGUCAUUUGGUAUGUGAGCAUUUUGGAGCUCAUGCAACACUUAUUCACAGUGGCAGUGUCAAAGCUGAUGUCUCCAGAAUUUUGGUCCACACACACUUUAUUCUAACUUAAUGUUAUUUAAAAAUUUGGCCAUUCUAAUAAAGCUUAUCUCUACCCCAUG